AUGCUUUUCUCUUCCUGCUCUGCUUCGAUGAAGACAGCAACUGGCACAGCCACGCUGAAGCUGGCCAUGAACUACAGCCUGGGACUCGCUCUGCUCUUGAUCUUCAUUUUGCCCAUGCAAACCGUGGGGGGCUUAAAGUGUGCCCAGAAUGAAUACCCGCUUUGGAACUCAAAGUGCUGCAGGAAAUGUCCAGCAGGUAACUUAAGGCUGAAGGAAGGGUGUCAGGUGGUUGCCAAAGUCAGGUGGACGCUGUUGGACCCCAACUCUCUCGCAUCAACCCCCAACCAGUUUGGCCCAACAGAUGGGGAAGAUGGGUUGUGCGAUCCAACAUCAUCCAGGGAUGUCUGGCAUUUGGAGGAGCCAUACGGACUAGAAUGUUAGUUAGCAAAAAGGACUCCGAAACACAACAGGGGCAGGUAAUCUGUGGCUCCCCAGAUGUUGGGCUGCAAUGUUCAUUAUCCCCCAGCCAGCUUGGUUCAAGGCAACACCUGGUGGACCACAGAUUCUCCAGUUGAGGUUAAAUGGCAAAGUGUGUGUGUGUGUGUGUGUGUGUGUGUGUGUGUGUGAGAGAGAGAGAGAGAGAGAGAGAGAGAGAGAGGAAGGUUGCUUUCAGACUUGUUUAUUGAGCACCCAUCCUGAUUUGUUUGCGGGGAGAUUAGACCAGAGGUUCCUAAACUUUGGUCUUCUGGCCACCCAUGCCUCACUCAGGGGAUUCGCACCGCAUCUGUGGAUUUGCGGUUGAAGGAGGACGUGACACACCCGUCGCGUAAAAGAUCCCCAUUGAUUUUUUAAACUGCGUUGUUAUUGCUUCUUUCAUUUCUCUUCUUGAAUUACGGUCUGAAGUCUAUUGGAAUUCAAGUUGCAAUACAGUGGUGCCUCAGGUUACAUAUGCUUCAGGUUACAUACGCUUCAGGUUACAGACUCCGCUAACCCAGAAAUAGUGCUUCAGGUUAAGAACUUUGCUUCAGGAUGAGAACAGAAAUCAGGCUCUGGCGGCGUGGCGGCAGAAGGAGGCCCCAUUAGCUAAAGUGGUGCUUCAGGUUAAGAACAGUUUCAGGUUAAGUACAGAGCUCCGGAACGAAUUAAGCACUUAACCUGAGGUACCACUGUACAAUCAGAUUCAACAUCUAAGAGAUGUAUUUGAUGCAGCAAAAAUAUAAUGAGAAAUGGUACAGCAUCUAGCACAGUGCACUGCAAUUGGUGCAGAAGGAGAAGGGAAAGAGGGAGUGGUCCAGCAAGACCUGGAGCCAUUUUUCCAUGGGUGGGAAGUAGCAGUGAGAGCUGGGGAAGCACUGGAUUAGACAAUGCCAGGUAUUUACUGAGCAAUUCCUUCCGAGUUGUUUGUGGGGUGGUUAGAUGUUACGUCAAGCAGAUAUUUAUCUCAUGCCUUUCAUGUGUUUCCCCAUCAGUUUCUUCAUGGCAAAACCUCUGAAGCUUUUAUUGGAGUGGGGGGGGGCGGGUUGCAGAAAGGAGGUUUCGUGCAUAAGAGCGCCAACUAUGCAACCUUGAUUUGCCGGCAUGUGCUUAAAUCCAGAAAUAGUGAUAAUCUGGAUUACAGGGAACAGGAGGGAAGACCCUAUAAUGGAACGGGAUUUUGGUACUCAUUUAUUUAUUGCAAUGCACUCUUUGUGGGGCUGCAGUGGAAGAAGACUGAGAAACUUUGAUUGGUCCCAAAUUCAGCAGCCAGAUUUCUGGUUAGCUUUCUGUAUAGAUAACCUUGUUUUAAAACGGCUUUAGUGGCUGCCAUUUCAUUUCUGGGCCCAAUUCAAGGUGCUCACAUUGGUGUUUAAAGCCUUCCAUGGCCUAGGCCCCGAAUAACUGAAAUACCAUUUCCUUCCCUGCAGACCCUCUGAGUUGGUCUGAGGGGGACCCUCUUGGUAGUUCCUCCAUCCUUAGAGGUUCAGUGAGGGUAGCAGCCCAGGAGAGGGCCUUCUCUGUGGUGGCCCCUCAGUUGUGAAACUCCCUCCUCGUGGAGGUGCGCCUGGUGUCUUCACCACACAGCUUCCACUGAAUGCUGAAGACACACCUCUUCACCCUGGCUUUUGAGGUGUACAGUAUAUUUUUCAGGCCCACGUUUUGUGAUUCCACGUUGUUCCGGACUGUUUGGGUGACAAUACAAGAAUCCUAAACAUCCAGCUACAUUUGAAACGUUUGGGGAUUGUUUCACCAGUGUGUGUCCCUGCCCUUCGCCCCUUUUUCUCAGCACCCCUUUUUCUUCUGUUUAGGAAAAGAGUUGGCAAAACGUUGCACGGUGUCUACCGACUCAACCUGUGAGCCAUGCGACCACGGCUACUACAAUGAGGGCUACACUGAAUCGAGGUGCAAGCGUUGCACAACCUGCUCCAAAGGUGAGGUCCUGUUCACACACACACACACACACACACACACACACACACACACACACGUGCCUCAGAAUAUGUGGGGAAAUGAGCAUGACUGGGAAUGGGAGGAAAUGAAAUUGACAGAUCUGUCGCCCCAGAAGAGAGAGUAAGGCAGACACCAAGCCAGACUGAUCUUCAGUUUAUGAUUAUUAUGAUUAUGAUUAUUAAUGUAUGAGUUUGGGGUGCUAAGAUAGGUGCUAGACCCCUCUAAUCCCAGCAAGCAUUAGAAUUUAAUCAAGGUGUCUAAUUCUUGGAAUAGCCAGGCUAGCCUCCUGGUGAGGCUUGGUGUGAGAUGGCAAAUCCCUCCCUCAAGGGCAGAGUUUGGAGUUGAAAGGGGCAGUGGCAUGACUUAGAAAUAAAGCAGCAAACUUGAGAGAGAGUCAGAGCAAUGUCUGAGAGCAAUGUUUGAUUUCUGUUUGAAUCCAAGGCUGUGGCUUUGGAAGAAACAAGACCCUUUUGGGGUGUUAAUGCUGUGAACCCCUCCACUGCAGGCUCAGCUUGUAAAUAAACCAUAGAUCAUAAAGACACCACAGUCUCCGCUGUGCCUCAUUCCAAAGGGAAACACGAACACUGGGAUAUUGCGCUGCUCAGAGACUGGGGUGGAAUACAGCAUAUUAUUAUUUAGACUGGUGGGUUUUCUUUCAAAGAGUGGUGGAUAUCUUCAACAAACACACCAUUAUGAUGUUUGAGGCAGCUUUACUUGGACAUAAUAACAACAGACACUGGGGAGGUAAAGGGGUAAAGGGGACCCCUGACCAUUAGGUCAGUCGUGACCGACUCUGGGGUUGCGGCGCUCAUCUUGCUUUACUGGCCGAGGGAGCCGGCGUACAGCUUCCGGGUCAUGUGGCCAGCAUGACUAAGCCACUUUUGGCGAACCAGAGCAGCGCACGGAAACGCUGUUUACCUUCCCGCCGGAGUGGUACCUAUUUAUCUACUUGCACUUUGACAUGCUUUCGAACUGCUAGGUUGGCAGGAGCAGGGACCAAGCAACGGGAGCUCACCCCGUCAUGGGGAUUCGAACUGCUGACCUUCUGAUCGGCAAGUCCUAGGCUCUGUGGUUUAACCCACAGCACCACCCACAUCCCUAGACACCGGGGAACCCCUCCCCCCCAAAAGGCCUGUAAAUUACACAGGCUUUUAUAGAGGCAUUCACAGGCCUUAGCUUUACAUGUGCAUAGAAAUUAGGUUAGGUUCUCAGAGGCAAAGCAUGCCUGCAUUAUCAGGGCUGGACGCCUGAUUCAGCAGGAAGAAAUGGUGCCUACUUUCUGUCAGACCAUCUCAAGGCAUAGUCCUUCCUGCACAAACAUUCUUGACAUGUCCUUAAGACACUAAAAAUAUCCUCUUGCACACUCGUGUGCACCUCUCAUCACAUGUAGUCUAUCUAUCCCAGCAUAUACUAUAAUUCCCACUACAUCUUCCAGGAUCGGAAUGGAGAUUCAGAAUCAGCCCUCCAGACUCCUAAUGGGACCUUCUCUGCAAGUGCCUUACGCUCUGUCUGCUCUGAGCAUAGGCUCUCAGCCAAAUCCUGAUCCCUGGGACCUCUUUUCUGCUGCCACUGAUCUAUGGCAUCUUUCCCCCCAAAUCUGCUUUCCACCAGAUCAGGCCAGUGGUUUAUCGCCUACAGGAGCGGGGAGCCUCCUUCUUUUCAGCUAGCACAUCUCGUUCCAUCUUCAUUUUUUUCUUUUUUCUUCUACAGACAAGGGACUCCGGGAGAAGGAGUCAUGCAAAACAACCUCCAACACAGUCUGCACAUGCCUCCCAGGCCAUUUUCCAGCCAGUGGAAAUUUUGGCGAAAAGAGUGAGUACUGAGUUUUCUGAAGUCCAAGGCCGGUGGUGGCCUGUCUAAAUAUAUUGCUAGUGGAAGCCACUUCUUGACUGUUCCUAGCCAAAGUAGGAAGUGACAUGCCCAGCACGAAUCCAACCUGCUCCAGUAUUGCCUUAUUUCUUAGGGAUUUAUUGCAAAUAUUAAUAUCGCACAGUUUGAAGCGACUGGAUGCAUAAGAACUGACUCCUUUCGGGAGAAAUCAUUCUCCAGACCCAUAAAGAUAUGAUUCAAAGUUUUACUGGCAGAACUUUCUUCGUAACAGAAUUAAAAUAUCAAAUGUACAUAAAAAAUGUCUUGUGCUGUCCAGCACAUGCUCAGCAUCUUACAAAAUAUGAAAUAAUUUCAACUGACCUAGAAGCAGAGGUCUGUCUCUUCCCACAGCAUCCAUUUCUAGCCUGGAGCUGUUUUCUCUCUCUCAGCCAGAGAGGGUCUUUCACAUGUUCUUAUUUCACAGAGCCUUGAGACAAAAGACACAAAGGCAACUCCUCACAAAAUGGAGAUUUGCAACCCAAUACCUUCAUCGCAUGAUCUAAGGUUACAACACUCACACGUUAGCUACCAAAGAACAUCAAUUAGUUAGUUAAUAAUCAACUCAGCAAGAGCUCAGAGUGCUCUUCUGGGCUUUCAUAAUGGGGGAUAGUCCCCAUGUUAAACCUUUUCACCAAUACACAUUUAGGCAUUCUAAUUUCAGUGUCAGUUAUUAAACUAUUAUAAUUAACAGGGCUAUCCACACUUACCUUUCCUCUGUACUUUGCAGGCAUGAGCCAAGCACUUGUUUGUUUGUUUGUUUGUGCAGCUUUUCCCACAAAAACCUGCACCUUACAGCUGAAUGGGAAGAAACGUUAAUCCACGGAAAACCUGAAUUGCUUGUUUGUUGUGAUUCAGCUUUAAAAAGCAGUUUUUUGCAGUGAAAGCUCUGGAGCUUUAAAGUGUGGCCCUGUGUCUGCAAAGUGCAGGGCAAAAUUAAGUGUGGACAAGCCAUUAGUUUGCUUUUUAAAAACUGUUUUGUUUCUUAUCAUUUCAGUCUGUAAACCUUGUCCCAGUGGGCAGUUUCUCAAAAGAGGGGGUGUGAAAUGUCAAUCUUGGCCAGAGUAAGUAUUGUCCAGCAAAAGAUCAUGUUUAAGGGCAGCUGAUGUUGGUAGGGUCAGCAGAACUGGGAUAGAUAGAUGACAGAUAGAUAGAUAGAUAGAUAGAUACUCAGAUUUACAUUUAUUUAUUACAUUUAUGUACAUUUUCUUAUAAGGAAUUCUCCUCUCCCCAUUUCACCCUCACAACAACCUGGUGAGGUAGGUUAGGCUGAGAGACAGUGACUGGCCCAAGGUCAUAACCAUUUUAUUUUAUAAAACAAAACAUCUACUUGUUAAUGGCAAAAUAGACUUCACAUGUAUAAAAGCUCAUAAACCUCCAUAAUUAAAACAUAUAUCAACAAUAAUAAUAAUUUUGUAGUCAUUUUUAUAAUGACUUCAAAAGUUUUAAGUUGUUUAAAACUGUUCUAAUAUUGUGUUUUCAUACUAAUGUCAUGUUUUACUUGUUGUAAUUGUAACUGCUGUAGUCUUAAACAUACACAUCCUCAGGUAUUAAAAGUAGUAAGGCUUAGCGCCUUAGGUCGGGUACCAAGAGAAUCCAAUGAAGGCAUUAAAAUAUAUGCAUUUAAAAACGUAAUUGAACAAUCCCAUUAAAACAAAAUAUAUAAAAUUAAACUGGAGACUUGGGGUCAUGAGAUCAAGGGAACACCUGUGCAAAUGCCAAUACAGAUGGGGCCUGAAUUAUCCUAAAAAUAUUGAAAUGUUCUUCUUCUUUUCUGCUCGCAACUUUCCUCUGUGGAUCCAAGAGUGACGACUGUCACACGUCAGCCUAGUUCAGAACCGGGGCAUGGUGUGUCGACUACGGACUCCACAUUUACUCGCGCUGUUUCGUCCACUCGUGUGAAAGUGAUGGAUCCAGGAGUAUCCGGAGCGUUAGGACCCGAGAGCCGGAGUAAGGGGGAGAAAUGUCAAUUCCUCUGCUAAUUUCUCUUGUUCCGUUGCUUUCAAUUGGGGGGUCACCAACAUGGUGCCUGUAAGUGCAAUGGUGCCCUUCAGGUCUUUUCCUGGUGCUCACAAAGACUCUGAGCCCCACCCCCUUGAAAAUGAUGCAGAGCUGAAGGAGGACGUUGGAAAUGCGACACGCCUCCCCACUUCCUUUUUCAGCUCUAUGUGCUUUUCAAGGCUUCAGGUUAACCCUGCUGGCUUCACCAAUCACCCAACUCACUUUUCCAAAGGACGUGUGUGUGCUCACUUUCUCUCUUUCUGUCUCUUGGGCGAAGGGAGAAUUGACCAGAGGAGCUGCUCAAAAGUCCAAAUGUACCCCCGAACCAAAAAAUGUUGCCACCCCCGUUUCUAGUUUUCCACGGGCUCACUCUGGCCUGUACUUCAUUCUUUCUCAAUCCCGUCUUAAAGCAGAUAAUCUACACAUAUUCUGCAAAAUAUACAUUUUUUAAAUCUUACCCCAAAAUGACUUAAUAGAUGCAGCAAUUCCAAAACAUGUAGGGCCCAGACUAUGGGUUAUAGCCAAUGCUACCCUACUCAGAGUAGACCCAUUGAAAUUAAUGAAUCUUAGUUAGCCAUGAGCGGCAUUGAGCACCUGCCCUGAUGUUAUCAGACCCACUGAAGUUAUUGGAUCUAACUUAGGGUCAUUCAUAUUAAUGUGUCUCAGUAUCCGUGAUUAAACGGCCCGUGGGUGGCACUGUUGGUUAAACCACAGAGCCUAGGGCUUGCCGAUGAGAAGAUCAGCAGUUCAAAUCCCCGCCAUGGGGUGAGCUCCCGUUGCUCGGUCCCUGCUCCUGCCAACCUAGCAGUUUGAAAGCACGUCAAAGUGCAAGUAGAUAAAUAGGUCCCGCUCUGGCGGGAAGGUAAACAGCGUUUCCUUGCACUGCUCUGGUUUGCCAGAAGCAGCUUAGUCAUGCUGGCCACAUAACCUGGAAGCUGUAUGCCGGCUCCCUCGGCCAAUAAAGCGAGAUGAGCGCCGCAACCCCACGACUGGACCUAAUGGUCAGGGGUCCCUUUAUCCACGAUUACCAGCAAUCCUAUCCAUGAUUACCAGCAAGUAAUCCCCAUUGAACUAAAUGGGGCUUGCUGCUGAGUCGAUAAGCAUAAGGUUGUACUUAGGGGCACUUUGCGCCCAUUGAAACCAUAGAAUGGUAAGAGCUGGAAGGGGCACAAAGGGAUAUCUAGGCCAACCCCCCGCAACAGGACUUAAGUCAUGAUUCCAAACUGAAUUUGUAAUCUAUUUCCCCCUUUCCAAUCAUCCACACCUUUUUUCUUUUUUAUUGGAAAAUUCUGAACAUCUCUGAGCCACUCUGAGGUGGCAUUUGGAGAGUUAACUCCUAGCUUAAUAGCUGAUGCAAUGAGCCCUUAAAAUCUCCCCCCAGACAGCUUUAAUGUUUGACCUCUCUCCUCUGUCUUUUAGUGUUGGUACUGAUCAUCUCCAUCCCUGCAGUGCUGCUUCUUGCAGUGGGAGGGGUGGCCUAUUUUCUAAUUAGGGGGAAAUCCAAGAGGAAAAAAGUGGAGGUCAAGGCAAGGACUGAGGCGCUGUCAAGAAUGCUUCAGGAAGGUAUGUCCAGAGUGAGAAUGAAUGACACAAAAAUAAAACAGCAGUAUUUAUUUAUUUGUUUAUGUAUUGCAUUUGUAAUAAAAAAAAAUCUGCCCUUAUUCCCUUAUGUGGAACACAAGAGCCCUUAUAGAGUCCUUUGUAGGUUCUCCAUCGGUCGGAGAAAAUAACAGAGGCCAACCAGAGAAUAUUGAGAAGCAAAGCAGCUAGUACGCCUGAUCUUUAUUGAAACUGUUGCAACAGAAUGCUCCCCUCACACACAGGAAAGGAGGAUGACCCCGAAAUAAGAUGUGCCUGCCCUUAUAUAGACAUUUUAAAUUGCCUUCCCUGGCGCUCAAGACCACCCCCCAGAUACAUCAUACCUACAUCACAGAAAGGGCGGUCUACAACAGAAAUCUGAGUGCGUUGUUUAUCUCCUGUCUGGCAGGUUACCUGUUAAUGGUCACUUGAUUGGAUACCCUGGGGAGCCUGGCCAGUCUUUUGUAAUGACAAAUACUUAGUUCCUGAGCCAGGUCACAGGCUCACCCUAUUCAUACACAGACAUACCCUUAAGACAGGAUUUGUGAACGAAAAGACAAUGGGGAGGCUUUUCCAUUUUCCUUUGACCUUGCAGAGGUCAAUUUGGGAGGGACAAAAUGGUUUCAGGACUUUUUCUGUGGGGUUUCAGACAUGUGGUUUAUAUACGCAGUUAUGAACAUUUAUUAUAUAUAUAGCCUUAAAUUUUUUUAUUUCACAUUUAUAUCCCACCUUUGUCUCCAAGGAGCUCAAGGUGGAAAUGCAUAGUUCUCUCUUCUGCUUCCGUUUAACCCCCCCCACACACACACACAACAACCCUGUGAAGUAGGGUAGUUCUGAGAGGCAGUGACUGGCCCAAAGUCACACCCAAUGAGCUUUGUGGCUGAGUGGGGGAUUUGACCCCUGGUCCUAGCCUGACUCUCUUAACUAUUAAACCACACUCGCUAUGCACUUUCUGAAACAAUAUGCAAACCGAAACACAGCUAGCCUUCAAAACUCCUACGGAGAGCUGCAAUUCCAGGAGUAGUUUAACCAUCAACCCCUAUCCUCCCAGGGAACUCUGGGAAUUUCAGCUCUUUGAGGCAUAGCUGUCAACUUACAGAUUUGAAAAUAAGGGACCAGCAGCCUUGAAAAUAAGGGACCAGCAGCCAAAAUAAGGGACCUGCAGCCUCACCUGUUCCAGGCACUCCAGUCUUCCUGUCCUCCUGCAGUCUGGUCAAACUCAUGCUGGUAGCUUCGAGAACACUGUCCAACCAACUUUGUAACCAGAGGUUCAACUGAAUAGAAUCUGAAUCACAUGCACCACAAGGCCUAUGCAGCCUGCAAAGUUUGCAGCAGCACAUGCAACAAAAUGGCGUCCAGCAUUCAAAAAACCCCUCAGCUUGCAUUAACUAGCCACACACAAGGCAUGCAAGCUCCACCCCCCAGUCAUUCUUAGACUUCUUACUGGGUGAGCAACACAGCCAAGCAACACAGUUGGAGCCUCCCUCCUCCCUGGCCGGCAGGGAGGGAGGGAGAGGAGCUGCUUCCUUUGAAAUUUAAGGGACAUCAUUUAAGGGACAUUUAAGGGACAUCCAUCAAUAAGGGACAGCAGCGGGACAUAGCACUGGAAUAAGGGACUGUCCCUUCAAAUAAGGGACACUUGACAGCUAUGCUUUGAGGGGAGUAGCGGGUCUCCUAACAACAACCAGCAUCUUUAACCAAAUUACAACUCCCAUAAUUCUUGGGGGGCAGCCAUGACAGUUUAAAGUGGUAGCGCGGCGCUUAAAGUGAAUGUGGCUUCAGUGAAGCUUCCCAAAUCUGGUUUCCUUCAGAAACUGCGGGACUAUAACUCCUGUCGCCUGGUUGGAGCUUUUGGAAACCAGAACCCAACAAUUUAUAGAUGACCACCUGUUCUUUGGCUCUGAUCUGGAUCAGAAAGUCCAUGUUCUAAGAUGACCUUCUCCAGUUUUAGAAACAGGAUAUGCUUUCUGCGCACAGGUUUUUCCUCACACCUUAUCCAUACCCUGAUUUAAGCUGGACAUCCCAGAAUUACAGAAGUCAUUAUUGGCUUCUGAUUGGAUCCUGGAAUGUCCCGUUUUUGGGGGUUUGGUGCUUUGACACAAGUGAGCUGGCUUGCGCCAGUGCACCAGAACAAAAGGGAUUUGGUUUUUGGUCUCACGCUCUGACACUGGUCAACUGGUUCCUGCGAGAACUCAGGACCAAAAAAACCGAAGCAUCCCAAUUUGGAUCACCCAGAUGUUGAAGCUUAUGCUUACCUGUCUUCUCCACCUUCACCUUUGCAAUUCCCUCCUCCUCAUCUUUCAGACGGAAGAAGCAUUUACCGAAUUCCCAUCCAGGAGGAGCAAGUCGACAGCAAAUCAACCUUUGUGCAAAACUAA